AUCUCAAUUAGUACUACCAAAAAUAGGAGGAAAAAAUAAAAAUGCAAACAAUGGAAAAUUAGCAAGCCAAAAGUGCAAUUCAUCCAAAAAAGAAAGGAUGAAAAUGAAAAAGAAACCACUUUUUUUCGUUUUCCCGGGCAAACCCGAGGCUAUAAAACAAGCCGAAGAGUCAAUUUUUUCUCCUUUUUUUUUUCUGUUCAUAAUCUCUAUAAUUAUAGAAGAAUUACUGUGUUUUUAAGCGAUAAUUAGAUUUUUGUUUGUUAGAUUUGUGUUUAAUUUUGUUGUUGUUGAAGCAAUUCAGUUGAUGACGGAGAUGGAUGAACCUCUGGAUUUUGAAUUUGAAGAACCCUGCAUCGUUAGCCCUAUUGUUACUAAACGCAAAAAGAAGAAGGUUAUCGGCUUAGAUGAUCUUCUCAGUGACUUCUACCAAGUGAAGAGUGACAUACCUAAGAAGGAAUCUAAACGUGCAAAGAUCCACAAGUUUGAUGAGUCAGAUGAUGAUUUGGAUACCAGAGAAGCAGAGCUUAAUAACUAUGUUAACAAAUGCCAACAACAGAUGAAUGAAAUAAGCACUGAUGAUCAAAUGCCAUUAUGGGGUCUUCAAGUUUUUGGGGACCAGAAAGCUAUGGCCACACUUACUUUUCCCGAGCUUAGUAGUUGUGCCCUUUUGCAGUCCUUUAUGGAGAAUGAAGCUAAUUCAUUGUUAGGAAUUAAAACAGAAGAAGGAGAAGCAUUUCUGGAAGGAUUCUUAUUCAGUAUUUACAAGGGCCAUAUUUCUUACUUAUGUAUUACAAAUCCUCACAACUUCAUAUGCUGUUUCUUAGAUUCUGAUUCUGCUGGACCGCCUCAAAAUAUCAAAUACUGGAUAAAAUAUGUUUCUGUUUGUUGCCAAGCAAGGGCCAAACGUUCAGUUUUCUCAACAGCGGAGGUAGAAGAUUUGAUUACCUCAGUGAUCUAUCUCUUCUUAGAUCGGCAACUUAUUGGCCUAUCUUCAGCGUUGAAGGAUUGCUUGCACUCACUUAUUAGCUUCUUUAGUGAUGAUGCAUUCCAUUUAAGCUGUCAGAAAAUAGUAAAAUCCCUCACCUGCAGAGUUCCUACUGAUGUCAACUGCUUGAGAUCUGUGGAGAGUGUAGCUGGACUGGAUGCUCGUUCCAAGCAUCUUAGGAGUGUGCUGGCCUUUCAGUUUCUUGUAGCAUGUUUUGAUGACAAGGUACAUGAUGAAGAACAGAUCUUGAGAUCUCUAAUCUCCAUCAAUCUGAAGCAUAAGAAUUGUGAUCUUCUCAAAAUGUAUAUUCAACUGGUUCUGGCAGAGAACUGGCUGUUUUGCAACCCAUUGUUAAAAGAUAAACCAAUAAUCAGUGAGACAUGGAGCGCGUGCCUUAGAAACUGUUCCUGUCAAAUCACUAGCACAGAUUUGAGGUCUUAUGCUUCUAAGGUUUGUAGUAAAGCAUCAUAUCUUCUUCAAGGCAGCGCCACAAGAUGACUCUAUCCUAGCGCAGAAAAUUCUUCCUACAGUGAAUCAGGCUAGUGACAAAGUAACUAACUCUGAGCAUAAGAGAUCGAUAUAUUUUAUGUGUAAUCUACAGACUUGGAUGCUUCAUCGACUCACGAUGGAACCAGAAGAUUCAUCGUAGCAUCUACAGAAAAGUUGACAGUGAGAUGGCUGGCCUUCUUCUACUGACAAUUUUUUGGUAAGCAAUGCAGUUUUUGUUAA